AUGUCAUUAGAAGAAAUUAAUCAAGUAGAACAAAAUGGAUCAACUGCUCUGCACGUCGCGGCAUUUCGUGGGCAUGAAAAGAUUGUUGAAUUAUUAUUAGAAAAAGGUGCAUAUUAUACAAUAUUAAAUAAAUAUAAGAACACAGCAUAUAAUGAAGCUGCCAAUGGUAGAAUAAAACGAUUGAUUCAGUAUUAUAGAUAUGCAGCUCGUUUUAUUGGUGACGCUAAUGAAUGGAUUAUUACCACAAAUGUUAGCAAAUUUCAAGUAAAGACAUCUAUGCAAAAGCUAGAAGCCUAUGGUAAAGAUCCAAAUUUUGAUCAAUUGGUUACUUAUAUAAUAGAACAUUAUCUUGAAAAGGAUUUGCAAGAUAUUAAUAAUAUUAUCAAUAUAAAACAAUAUUUCGAACAGGCAAUACAUGAAAAAGAUCCUGUUCAUCUAUUAAAAGCAUAUACAGCUAAUAGUGAUUUUUAUUUAAAACUUAAUUUUCAUCUAGCUCAAUUAAAUUAUGAAAGUUUAACUGAUCAAAAAAAUCUUAGUUAUGCAUAUUAUAUUGGAUUAGUUAGUUUUCAUCCAAAAUUAGAAACAUUGUCAUAUAUUGGAACUACAUAUCGUGGUAUGAUAAUCAAUAAUGAUAACCUUCAACAAUAUAAAAUAGGUAAACAGAUUUUAAUCAAGACAUUCUUAUCAACAUCAAAACAUAUACGUAUUGCUUCACAAUUUUGUAAAACAAAUCAAAAAUCAAGUGAUCAAUUGAAUGUCAUAUGUAUAUAUGAAAUAUGUAAUUGUAAAAGUGCAUUAAAUAUUGAAGAUAUAUCAGAAUUUCCAGAUGAUCAAGAAGUAUUAAUUCUGCCAUAUACAAGAUUUGAAAUAAUUGAUAUCCAAUACACGAGAUCGGAUACAUCGAGAAUCGAAAUGAAACUAAAACAAUGUGAAUAA